AUGAAUCACUGAUCUGCAUUGAACCAACGCAUAUAGCUGUACAUUACGUACGGAUCUGUCGUCGAUAAGUGAACCGACGAUCUAAUGAUUAACUAUCGAUCUCAGAUCUAACACGGGCCAUGCAGAUUACGUCGUUUUUUAUUGAUCCUUGAGUCACAGACCCGCUCGCCCUGUCUACCUACUUCAAACAAAUGUGAGUGAGAGCGACAAAUAUGCACAAAGCAAGCACGUAUGGUUGGUUAAUGAUUGUGAGGGAUCCACCCAGGCAAGCACUAAAACUGCCUACGCCUGUACAACGAGAGGAGUGAAGCUUGCGGACUCAACCCAACUCAACUCAACUCAGAUCAGCGUUGCUGCUUCGUUGUAGGAUCAUCCAGUCUUUGACUCUUUCCGUAUAUCAGAACAAUAUUUAUCAGAUCAAAAAAGUAGGUACAUGACUCAUAGGGGCAGUAUGGCUCUACGACCCCAUUGGCAUUGUUCUGUAGUUUUGCUGGCGUCGAUUGUUGCAUUGACCAUGGUGUCGUCUGCCUGUGCUGUGUCGCCGAAGGAUCGGAGAGCGCCAAAGGAUACCUGCAGCGCGUCUGAGUACGCAUGUGCUGACGGGACAUGUGUCCUAGCGGCGGCCAGGUGUAACGGCAGUGCGGAGUGCGGGGACGGUUCGGACGAGGAGGACUGCACGUACCAGUGUGAAAAAGAAUUCCAAUGCGGAAACGGUCUGUGUAAGCCGACCUCCUGGGUCUGUGACAGGGAAGACGACUGUGGAGACAACACCGACGAAAUCAACUGCACCUGUUCCAGUGAGUUCCAGCGCGCAUGCGGGGACGGAUCCUGCUAUCAUGUGAUUCACCGCUGUGAUGGCCGUCGCGACUGUAAGGACGGGUCAGAUGAGGACAGCUGCCCGCCGGCCUCCGGCUGUGGGCUGAGAAACAUGACUGUUACAAACGGACAGGCCAGAAUAGUUGGAGGAGACACGGCAGUUCGUGGAGCCUGGCCUUGGCAGGUCCAGCUGAAAAGAACAUACUCCAGUACGCCGUUCUGUGGCGGUACCCUGGUAGCUCCAGACUGGGUGGUGACGGCUGCGCACUGCUUGAAUGAGGAUCAACCAAAUGAGUGGCCAACAAUCGAAAUCCUCAUCGGUAAGCACCAUCUGCGGCAUCCCGGAGCCACGGACCCGGAGGCGAUAGUGUCAUCUGUACAGAAAGUGUACCUCCAUGAGAUGUACGACGACUUCACGUCUGACAACGACAUAGCCCUUGUACGGCUGAACACGAGCAUCGACCAGACGACCAACUUCAUCAACUAUGCAUGUCUCGAGAACAACGAGACGGCGAGAUUCGACGAGAACUCGUACUGUUUCACAACAGGCUGGGGCGACACUGUCUCUGGAGGUACACAGCCGGACCUUCUACAGGAGCUGAAGGUGGCUAUAAUCCCGACAGCCGUGUGUAACAGGACCAUCUCCAACCAGGGCGGGAUGACAGACAACAUGUUCUGUGCCGGCUACUGGGAGGGCGGCGGAGACUCAUGUCAGGGGGACUCAGGCGGUCCUGUCGUCUGUGCAGGUGACGACGGCCGCUGGUAUCUUAUGGGCAUCACCAGUUGGGGAUACGGAUGUGCCAACAGGUACCAACCAGGGGUGUACGCCAAAGUCUCUAACUACAUCGACUGGCUGGACAAUAAACUUCUCACAGGUGGACAAGUUGCUUGUUCGGGGAACACCACAGUCACCUGCGGAGACGGCAGCUGCUUCCCUGCAGACUACAGGUGUGACGGCUACGAGGACUGCGAAGAUGGAGCGGACGAGCUCGGUUGCCCACCGUUGGGACCACCUUGUGCCCUGUACUGUAACAACAACACCCAGUGCAUCCCUGACCAGUGGGUCUGUGAUUAUUGGGCAGACUGUGAAGACCUUGCAGAUGAGCAGGGUUGUGAUUGCAACGAUACCUUCACAUGCGACAACGGCAUCUGUGUUCUCCCGGAGUACCGGUGUGACGGAACCGACCACUGUGGAGACGGAAGUGACGAAAGUUACUGCCCCUGUGCCCCUGGUUUCUACAGUUGUGACAGAUGUAUUCCAUCUUGGUGGGUGUGCGACGGCGACGACGACUGCGCAGACGCCAGUGACGAGGCCAACUGUACCUAUACAUGCAAUAAUGAGUUCCAAUGCGGAAACGGCCUGUGUAAGCCGAACUCCUGGGUCUGUGAUGGGGAGGACGACUGUGGAGACAACAGUGACGAAAUCAACUGUACCUGUUCAGGUGAGUUCCAGCACACCUGUGGGGACGGGAGCUGCUAUCACGUGAUCCACAGAUGUGACGGUCGCCAGGACUGCGCAGACUCGUCAGACGAGCUUUCGUGUGAAACAGGCCCCACCACGUGUGGACUCAGGAACAUGACGAUUGUAGAGCCCGACGAACGGGAGAGGAUCGUCGGCGGGGACGCCUCGGACCGCGGAGCCUGGCCUUGGCAGGUCCAACUGAAGAGGUUAUACAGCAGCAGGCCAUUCUGUGGCGGGACCCUGGUGGCCCCAGACUGGGUGGUCACGGCUGCGCACUGUCUGGAUGACGACACGCCUGCGCUCUGGCAGUCACUACAAGUGUUGAUUGGGAAACACGCAAUCACCCACUACCCAUGGGACAACGAUACAGCACAAGCCGUGGUGUCAGGUGUCAGGAAAGUUUACCUGCACGAAGGAUACAACUCUACCACUCACGACAACGACAUCGCUCUGGUGAAGCUGGACGCGUAUGUUAACGUCACGAGUAACAUAGUCAACUACGCAUGCCUGCCGGACAACGCGACUCUUCUGAACGAGAACUCUUACUGCUUCACUUCCGGCUGGGGACGGCUCCAAUCAGGUGGGGAUCGCCCUUACAUUCUACAGGACCUAAAGAUUGCCGUCAUUUCGAAUGAUGUCUGCAACAAGCCCUUCUCCUAUGAUGGCUUGGUGACAGACAACAUGCUGUGUGCAGGGUACUGGGAGGGCGGCGGAGACUCAUGUCAGGGAGAUUCCGGGGGACCAGUGAUGUGCGCGGGGGAUGACGGGAGAUGGGAUCUGGUCGGCAUCACCAGUUGGGGUUACGGCUGUGCUCGUCCCUACAAACCCGGCAUCUACACACGGGUCAGCCGGUACCUGGACUGGAUCAGGCACAGGAUGGAUCAGGGAGGUUCAGUCGACUGUAAGAAUGGUACACUACAAUGCUCAGACGGCACCUGCUUCCCUGACUCCUACCGCUGCGAUGGGUACGAAGACUGUUCGGCUGGAGAGGACGAACGAGCUUGUCCCACGUUUCCGCCGACAUGUGUGUACUACUGCACGAACCGACUUAACCUGACGCAAUGUAUCCCAGACAGCUGGAUCUGUGACUACUACGUGGACUGCACGGAUGGUUCGGAUGAAGAAACUUGCAAUUGUACCGAUGGCAACUUCAAGUGCAGCAACGGUGCAUGCGUCCUGCAAAGAUUCGUGUGUAACGGUCGAGACGACUGCCUGGAUGGAAGUGACGAGUUGAACUGUUACUCCACAACAGUUUCAAUGGCCAACUCGUCUGCAGCCAGCACGCAUAUGGAUAUGUCGACUGAGACGGCAACUACCAUAGCAAUGACAGGCGAAACGACAAAAGAAGCAUCUGUGCCCAUGACAACCGGGAAAGUUGUCUCCACAAACAAACCACCUGCAUCAACUAAAGCUCCCAUGACGGUAGUUGAGCUGGCUGUGACCCUCGUUAGUGAAACCUUCACGACGGACCUGCAGGACAGCAGCACUCAAGCGUUCCAGACACUGGCACAACAAGUCAUCACAACCAUGAACACUGUGUACCAAGAGUACCCUGGCUACGAAGGUGUUACGGUCCAAGGCUUUAGGUCAGGAAGUGUGAUUGCCGAUGUAAACGUGCUCAUCGAUGGUCAGGAGGCAGAAACGCCACUAGCGGUCGCCAGCGUACUGCAGUCAGCUGUGACCAGUGGUGAGGGCAUGGUGGGCGACUUGGAAGUCGGUGGAGUUGCCUUCAAAGAAAAUGGUGUAGCUGUGGAUGUGGUGGUGUGCAGCGCUAGUUGUCAUGACAACAUGACGUGUGUGUCCAGUGGAGGAGAGUGUCGGUCCUUCUGUACGUCCAACACGGAGUACUGUCUGAACGGGGCGACUUGUGAGGACCGGAACCCCGUCCUGGGGUGCAAAUGCCCAUCGGAUGUAGUUACAUUAUACCAGUACUCAGGACCACGCUGCCAGAAUGAAGAGCUAAGUGUGUUCUUCAUCGCCAUGCUGGCUGUUGCCUGUGCUCUGGUCUUCAUUGUUGCAGUCGGUCUUGUGGUUCGGUGUUGGCCCCGUAGCAAACCAAAAUCUUCCAAUGACGAUGCACAGGCGGUGUUGGAGAGUGCACAUGCAGAAUCUAAACAGAACGGUGUCCCCAUGGAAGACAAGGGAAUAGACAACGUCGCCGCCAAUCUUCAAGAGAAUGGGAAGGUAGCGCCAGGCUCUGAGAAAGCCCUUGGCCAGCAAUAUGAGGAGGAUUCUUGGUUAUAACUGUUACAUGUCCAUCCUUGGUCUUUCCGUACUACUAGUAUUACAAAUGUAAAACAAUUAUUUGCACUAAACUGUCCAAUUUGGUUAAACUGAUUCAAUAUUCUUUAUUCAGAAACAGGACUCAAAUGUGGUAUACCUUAGCAAAAGUAUCAUAUUCUACAUUGAUAAAAUGCAAUCUUUAUUCUAGAAUUCCUGUAUGCCAGCCGAUUUAAUAGAAAAGUGUAUGUUAUUCUGCAUGUGAAUAAAACAAUAAUCAAAACAAAAGUGCU